GCGACGAAUCUGCCGGGCUGCAGAUUCGCGCCUCGUUUCAAAUGCCGCGUGGUGGACUGCGUUCGGUGCGGUCACCGAUUGCUAAUCGAUGAUCUACAAUCCGCGUCCGUCGAUCGAUUAAAGCACAAAUAGCAGUGAAGUAUGGAGGAUGCAGACGUGCAGACGCUGCCGGCGGGCGGGUUCUUCUGCGUGCUGUGCGACGUGAAGAUUCCCAACCAGUCCAGCUUGGACGCCCACCUCGGUGGAAAGAAGCACCGACGACUCGUGGGUCUCCGGGCGUUACGGAAGGCGCAGGAGGAGCGUAGUGUGUUCGUGAGUGGCUUUGCAAAGGGAACUUCGCAGCUGGAGAUCACAGACUACUGCAUGGCGUUCGGCAGCGUCUCCAGCAUCAUCAUGGACAAAGACAAGGGUGUGUACGCCAUCGUGGAGUUUGAAAGCGCGGACGCGGUGGAGGUGAUACUUUCCCAGAACGACCACGUCAUGAAUGGGCAGUGCCUUCGCGUGAAGCCCCGCGAGAAGAAGGGAUUCCACGUCGUCGUGCGCAAGAAGGGGGCUGGCGGCAAGGGCCAGCUCAUGGGCCUGGAGCAGCUCUCCACCUUGCUCUGCCAACAGGAGACCGUGGAGGAGCAGAUGCUUCAGCUGGUGCGAGUAUUUCAGCUGUCGGAGAGUGCAGUGCGGCUUCGAAACCUGCUCGUCAACCUCCUGCAGGAGGUCUUCACCGAGUUUUUUCCAGGGUGCAUUAUUCACCCGUUUGGCUCCACCGUGAAUGGCUUUGGCUUGCGUGGCUCUGACAUGGACCUUUUCCUCGACUUGGAAAAUGCAAAAACCUUCCAAGCCAAAUCAAAAAAAUUAACCGAGAAGGAAGAGGAAGCAAAGAAAACCACCGAACCCAUGGAGGAAGAUAAAGGGCACACUUCGUGGGGAGAUGAGUCUUCGGAUGAAUCUGUGCAUUCUGAGGAAUCCAUGCAUUCUGAGGUGGACCUGGAGGGCGCUUUGCCGGCCGAGGUGCUGGAAAUGGUGGCCUUGGUGCUGCGCAAGUGCGUGCCGGGCGUGCACAAGGUGCAGGCCGUCCCGACAGCCCGCCUGCCAGUCGUCAAGUUCAUCCACCGCGAGUCAGGUCUCCAGUGUGACAUCACGAUCAACAACAGGCUACCUGUUCAAAACACGAAGCUGUUGCAGUUGUAUGCAGCGGCAGACAGUCGUGUGAAGCCUUUGGUCUACACCGUCCGCUAUUGGGCCAAACAGAAGCAGCUGGCCGGCAACACAUCUGGAGGAGGCCCACACCUGAACAACUAUGCCCUCACCCUGCUGGUGGUUUACUUCCUGCAGACACGCCAGCCGCCCAUCCUGCCCACCGUCAGUCGGCUCAAGGAGCUCGCAGGUGAGGUGGAGACCCAUGUGGUGGAUGGCUGGGAUUGCUCCUUUCUGAGCGAAUGGACCGACGAAUGUGAUACCGAUAACACGGAUACCCUGAAUUCACUGCUGCCAGAAUUCUUCAAAUUUUAUGCUUCAUUUGACUUCUCUGGCUCAGUAAUAUCAUUACGAGAAGGUGUAGUUUUUCCCGUGGCGGAAUUUUUUGGAAUUUCCAAAACUGAGCAAGCGAAUGCCAAGCCGAAAUUAAGGCUGGGGCCGAUUAAUGUGCAGGAUCCUUUUGAGCUGAACCACAAUGUGGCUGGGAAUGUGUCGGAACGGAUGGCACGGCGAUUUAAAAAGGAGUGCGAUGUAGCGAGCAAGUAUUGUCGCAGCCUACAGUACCAGCACAAAUCCACCAAGGGGAAGGUAUGGGGACUGGUUAAGCUCUUCCAGCUGACCGGAGGGGAGGAUAUCUCGCCUAUGGGGUCUCCUGACCCAACCUCAUCCAAUGCAGCAGCCACGAAGACCACGAUAGAAAUUGCAUUCAAAGUGCCGUCCAUGUCAGAAACGCUGAAGAACAAAAUGAAAGAGGCGGCCAAUUUUAGGGGCGUUUGGUUCAACAAAGUUUGCCAGUUAACUCAACGUAUCCUGAUGGAGGUGCUCAAGUUUGAUGUUCGCAGAACUGAUGUUUUGGCGAGCGAACCGAAGGAAUCUGAAGCAACAAAAGUGGGACACCUUGAGAAAAUGCCUCAAGAAAUUGAUGUCCAACAAACUUCGUCUGCCUGCUCCAAGAGAACACACCCAGAUGAUGACGGUGGCCAUUGCAGCAGCAGUAAGAAGGCCAAAAUAGAGAGUUGUGUCACAGGGUCCGUCAGGUGGUCUUGCAGCAUAUCCGCCGUCAUUUGGGUGGGACGACGGAAAGUCAAGCGGCAGGUUAAGCUUGAAAUGCAGAAAUCUGCCAAGGAGCCUGCUUGUUUAAAGGAGCCAUGCGUGGAGUCCACCCUGCCAACCAUUGUGCAAGAAGAGGCCAGGAUUACCGAGGCGAUCCUAAAGCAAAGCUCGGGCACCGGUGCAGGUGAUGAAAAUAAAGGUCCCCUUCUGAGCUUUACGCUGUCGGCCGCGCUGGCUGGCGGCACUCAGGACACUAAGGCUUUGCUCACAGUCACUCCCAUCAAGGAUGAAAAGAACUCCUUCCAAGACCUCUUUCACUUCCUCGAUUACUUCCUGCCCAAGCAGGUGGAAAAGUGCCUGGAACAUGACAGCUGAACAGUUUUUUUUGCUGUACAGUUCAUUAAAAGCAAGCUUUAUAUUGAAUGCAUUUGGCAAUUAUUUCAUUGGCAUGUUUUUCCUUUACCAAAUGCCUGCAGCCUUCUACCAACCUAAUGGCCUAAUACGAAAGAACAGUAUUUGGUAUUACUAUUGCAAUGUUUAAAAGGUGCUGCUAAAGUAAUACUGGCAAGUUUGACUUUGGCUCAGUGUACUUCUUGGACUAACGGGGUACUGUUUAAACAUAUCUUGGUUGUUAUAAUGUAAUUGACAAAAGCAACGUGUCUUAGUAUCUAUGACCACACAGGUUCUAGUUGUAGUUUCCAGACAUUUGUAAGUCUUGGAAUAUUUAUGUUCGAAUUACAGAUUUACCUUGCUUUAUUCGGUAGAGGCAUUCCAAAAAAAGGGGUGCACAAAGUGAAAUCAAGGAAAUAACUGUCUAGUACAUACAGGAAAUAACAAUGUCCCACGCCAAACCACAAAGCCGCACGAGUGAAUUCAAACGGCAUAUAGCAAAGUAGAAAUAGGGUAGCCAGAUGUACGUGAAAUUGCAUAGUGAACAAAACCUGUAAAUUGUGUAAACCAAUGGUUACAUUUUUUAAGUGACUACUUUUUGUAAUCCCUUGUUUAAUUUGCCAACGUCAAAUUUUCAUUUACUGAAGUGGGACGUUUUUGAGCAAGAUUACACAAUAUUGUGCAAAUGUGGCACCUAUGUGGUUUACAUAUUAUGCGAGUGUGGUUUACACAUUAAGUGACUUUUCAAGGCUAUUGAAGACGACCUGAGGUGAUGUCAGUUGUGGUGAAAGUGGCAUGUGACUUCAUUUCGCCAGUCUCACAAUACCAUUUAAGCUGCGCAAAUGUUAUUAACCGCACAAGGAUUCCUGAAAGUUGAUCGGCUCAUGACAUUUUUGUUGAAUCUUUUAUUUUACUAUUUACAGUUUUAUAAGUACAAGAAGCAGAUAAUGGUCCGAAGCGCCGUUCUUUUGCAAGCAAUGUUUGUUGUACAGUAUAUUGGACACUGUAUUUAGGGGAAACAAUUUCAAUAAAUAAAGACGUGGGC